ACAAAAUCAAAAAAAAAUUUCCCGUGUUGUUCUCUCUCUCUCUCUCUCUCUCUCUCAUUCUACGUUCUCUGCAUCACCACGGCGUUACCCGUCGUUCAUCGGAAAACCAGCGGCCAGGUUGCCAGAAUUGAAUUUAAAUAGCGAAAAUUCGAAUAGAGCAUUGCAGAUUCUGGAUUUUUGAUCUUUUUUUUUUUUUUUUUUUUUGGUGCAAUCUGAAUUCCAAAAAGAAGUUGAAGGUCAUAAUUGUCAAUGUCAUCCCUUAAGGAAUACUUAAAACGAUAUGAAAGCAAUAAUGAAGAAGAAAAGAAAAAGAAGAAAAAGAAGAAACAGAAAACUAAGCCAGAAGCCUUAGGUGUUUUGGUCGUGGAUGAAGAUCCUGUUUGGCAAAAACCGGUUAAUCUUGAGGAAGAAGAAGAAGAAAAUGACAAAGAUGAAGAGGUUCCGCAAGUUGAUGAAGACAUUGAGGUUAAGAGGAUGAGAAGGCUUGAAGAAUUGAGGGCAAGACGUCCAUAUAAUGCUAUAUCUGAGGAUGGAAGUGGUUGGGUUUCACUCUCCAUGAAAGACUCAAAUUUGAACAACUCGAACUCUGAUAUGUCUCCACCUCGCAAGCGUAUGGCUAGAAAUGACACACCAUCACCAGAACGUGAACUGAAGCCUUCAGGUUCCAAUGGCAAAAAUACCGAUUUGUCACCCUCACGGCAGCGCCGCAGACGGCAUCAUACACCUUCACCUGAAACUGAUACAGGACCUAGCGGUUCCACUGGCCCAAGUUCUCAUUUGUUUCCACCUCAUAAACUCAGGGCUCAAAAUGAUGAACCUUCACGUGGAUCAAGGCUGGAAAGUAUGGAUUUGUCACCUCCUAGGCAGCGGGUGAGGCGACACCACACUCCAUCACCUGAACCUGACACGAAAGCUGCACACCCUUCUGGCCUUGAUCCUGAUAUUUCUCCUCCUCGUCGACCUCGUCAUGUAACAGAUGUUCCUGAUAUUUCACCACCUAGACGAGGGCGUCGUGGUUCUCCAUAUCAAGACGAUUUACAUGCUUCCCCUGGGCAAGACCUUUCUCCACCAAGGAAAAGUAGAAGGGAUGUGGAGAGACUUGGAUCGACAGAUCUUUCAUCUCCGCAUUCACAGAGACGUGUUUCUUCAGUUUCAGAUCUUUCUCCACCAAGGAAAAACCGGAAGGAAGUUUCUGUUCCAAAGGCUACGAAAGAGGAGAGGAAAACUGGUUUGAUUUCUGGCAAAGAUAUUAGAGAAGAGAUUGCUAAAUCAAAGAAGGAGGAUUUCAAGAGGCUUCAAGAGAUGGAUCUUUCUAUGAGUGGUCGAGAUGCAGAACCUGUGUAUCGUGAUAAGAUCAAAGGGGUACGCAUAACGAAGGAGGAAUUCUUAAAAUCACAACGGAAAGUAGAAGAGAAACCUAAGGAGAAAAAGUUAGAAUGGGGCAAGGGCUUGGCUCAAAAGCGGGAAGCUGAGGCUAGGAUGCAGGAAUUAGAACUUGAGAAGGACAAACCAUUUGCACGGAGCAGAGAUGACCCAGAACUUGACAAAAUGCUAAAGGAGAGAGUAAGAUGGGGUGAUCCCAUGGCACAUUUGGUGAAGCCAAAGAAAUAUGAACCCGUUCUUCCAAACCUAGGGGAUGAUGAGAAGAUGAAGGACUCGGGUUUUAUGAUUCCUCAGGACAUACCUAAUCACAGUUGGCUAAAAAGAGGACUAGAUGCUGCACCAAAUCGAUAUGGUAUAAGACCAGGAAGACAUUGGGAUGGUGUUGAUCGUAGUAAUGGAUAUGAGAAAGAAUUGUUCAAAAGGACGAAUGAGAAACAAGCUACAGAACAGGAAGCUUAUCUCUGGUCCGUUGCUGAUAUGUGAUUAUAAUGUACAUAACAACGCAGAUCUUUCUCUCUCUCUCAUAAUGUAUGGAGAAUUUGCUCAACUUACAAGAAAUGGUAGAUUGAUACGCUUCUUUGAUCUCCCUCCAUCGCUUAUUUAUAGCAAUCUUCUAAAGGGCUAGAACUGUUGUAGCUGUCAAGUGUAGUUCUUAAAUCAAACUGCAGAAUGAAAUCAUAUGGUGCCUUUGAAGAUGAUUUAGCUGAAUAGAUGGGAGAUUCCUGCACUUGGACUUUGUAUAAAUUUGGAUUUUCUUCUUGUUCUGCAACUCCAUGGUAAACAAGAAUCCAAAACCAAAAGCUUCCAACUCCUCCGUAUAUGUGAUAUUGAUGAUGUUCUUUUAUGUUGUUUGCAACUUCAAACUUGCUGUUCUGUACUCUUUAGUAUUAACACCUAUAGGAGCUGUUGUCAAAUACACCAAUUUUGCAAGCUUUUCCCACUUUUGGCUCGGUA